CAUGGUCUCAAUGGCAGCGACUGGUACGCCUGCCCGUUCUCGGCGGGAGCCGGCGGGUCGCUCCCCGCCGCAGGACAAGUAUUCGGUGCUUUUACCCACCUACAACGAGCGCGAGAACCUACCUCUCAUCGUGUGGCUGCUGGUGAAAAACUUCUCCGAGAGUGGAUUCAACUAUGAAAUUAUAAUCAUAGAUGAUGGAAGCCCAGAUGGAACAAGGGAUGUUGCUGAACAGUUGGAAAAGAUCUAUGGAUCAGACAAAAUUCUUCUAAGACCGCGGGAGAAAAAGUUGGGACUCGGAACUGCAUAUAUUCAUGGAAUGAAACAUGCCACAGGAAACUAUAUAAUUAUUAUGGAUGCUGAUCUCUCACACCAUCCAAAGUUUAUUCCUGAAUUCAUUAGAAAACAAAAGGAGGGUAAUUUUGAUAUUGUCUCUGGAACUCGCUACAAAGGAAAUGGAGGUGUAUAUGGCUGGGACUUGAAAAGAAAAAUAAUCAGCCGUGGGGCCAAUUUUAUAACUCAGAUUUUGCUGAGACCAGGAGCAUCUGAUUUAACGGGAAGCUUCAGAUUGUACAAAAAAGAAGUUCUACAGAAGUUAAUAGAAAAAUGUGUUUCUAAAGGCUACGUCUUCCAGAUGGAGAUGAUUGUUCGAGCAAGGCAACUGAAUUACACUGUUGGUGAGGUUCCAAUAUCAUUUGUGGAUCGUCUUUAUGGUGAAUCCAAGUUGGGAGGAAACGAAAUAGUCUCUUUCUUGAAAGGAUUAUUGACUCUCUUUGCUACUACAUAAAAGAAAGUUACUCAUUUCUGCUUCCCAUGUUCAUUUCAGUUGAAAUAUAAAAGGAGUCCUCUUACUGAAUGUUAUAACAUGUUCUCUUAGAGCAUAAACCAUAAGGUAAGGUAAAUUUUAUACAAAUACGUUGUCUGCAGAAACUCCAUUUUUUACUUCAAUCUACAUUUUAAAAUUGAGCAUUGCUCUCAAUUUGCAUUUAUAUUUUGCUGUAUUAAGACCUGUAAAUAAAUGCACAUGGGUUUUUGUAUUAAAUGUUGUUGGUUUCUUU